AUGGAAUCUCAGUUAGAACUUGAUUUGGUGUGGACAACCAAGCUGCGAUCUAUUACUAGAUCUAAAGGAGGGUGUAGUAGUUGCAAAAAGCUUCGAAUCAAGUGUGAUGAGAAUAAACCAAGAUGCGAAUAUUGCCAACAUACGAAUCGUGAAUGCAAAUAUCCAAGUACAUUCAGAUUUGUUCAACUGCCUAGGACCAAACAGAGAAACCGGUUGAAGAAUUUGGAAGAAAUAUUUGAUCUUGUAGAUAAUCUUGUAUUCCGAAGUAAGAAUCGGCAGUAUCCUUACCACAGAAUUGCCAUUGCAGACCAAGAUCUUAAAGAAACUAACCUAACAAAUGAGUUGAUCUUAAAUCAGACAACUGCUCAAUUGAGAAUAUCUAAGUUUGAAUUGAGACUUCUUAAUUUCUUCCAUAAUGUAUCUAUUCAUAUUUUUUCACAUGGUUUGGGAAAAGAAGCUUACGAUGUAUGGGCCAAGCAUGUACCCAAUUUAUUUCUCCAGAGCCCUUUGGUCAGAAACAGUAUUUAUUCAUUCGCUUCAAUAAGUUUAUUUCCACUAUGUGAUUUACAAGGAUUGAGGAAAAUAGAUGAUGUUGAAAGCAGAGUCAAGUUCAAUCUUGACAUUUCUUUUGAUGAAUGUCGCUACAAUACUAAUGAUAAAAUCACCAACAGUUUAUACAUCAAAACUGCCACAUAUUUCAUGAAUACGAUAUCGGGUAAGAACAGGUUAAUCGCAAAGAAAAAUCAGUUAGAGAAAGACCAAGAAGAUAUAUUCAAUGGUCCUUAUUUAGUCGAUAAACAAACUGCAAAGGAAUUAGUUAUCUCAAGUAUUUUAAUAUUUUCUUAUCUUGGUGUUCAUCCUCAUAAUUUAAUUCCUUUAGUGAAUUUUGACACUGGUGAUCAGCAAGUAGAGUCUGAUUUCUUAUCGAUUUCAAAGGGGAUCGGUCACACAACUUAUUCGUGUAUUCCAACCAUUCGUCAAACAGAAUUCAAACCUCUAUUCUCUUAUAACAAUGACUUAUCAAAUAAAAAGAUACCGGACUAUCCCAUAAUCACCAUACUUUCUGAAGACUUACAAUCGGAAUAUGCUAUAGACAAUGAAAUAUUCACCAAAGAUUCAUUAGAAUAUGAAGUGCUUAGAAAGAGCAUCGAUUUAUUGAAAGGAUGUAUCUACAAAGUGAUUAAACAAAAUUUCCCUGUUCCAUUAUUUAGAUGGAUAUUGUCCCCCACUCAGGGCUUCAAUCAAUUAGUGUACCAAAAGAAUUAUUAUGCUCUAAGAAUAUUAUACGUCUUCUCAUGUCUAAGUACGAUGUGGAGAUUUCAUGUAUUUAAAGAUAAUAAUAUAUGGGUAGAUUUUGUAAAUUGGUAUGGCAAUCAUACUUUUGAGAUUUAUGGACAAGAUAAUUGGAAAUAUCCCGUUGAUAGGUGUUUAUAUAACUUAGCUUUGAAAAAGAGAUACACAUUUACACCGGGAGUAUACUCCGAAUUUGAGGAUUUCGAUCCUGAAUUACUAGACCAAGUUCUAUAG